GGAAGGCGUUCCCUCCUUAUCAUUCAGUCUAACCUUCACCGUGGUCGCAAACGGAGGGAAAGUGUUAUUGUUGGCUAACAGCUAAGUGAAGAACGCGAACGUGUGUUAAAAGACGCAUGGAGACUGCCUCGUUAUUCUGAAGUACGCACCGGACCACAGGGGGCGGUAUUGAGUAAGGACAUUUCCUGUGAAGAGGACCGAUGAAAUACCUAUGCAAAUGUGUUGCACUCUGCACCCUGUGGGUGAUUGUCUCCAUUGUACAGUCAGCCAAUGCAGGUGAGGUGCAGCUCCCAUGCGAUGGGCGAAACUGCAGUGUGUGCCGCUGCCUCCCUGUGAAGGGUGCGCGGGGGGUUCAAGGAAGAACAGGGAAUCAUGGCGUGCAGGGGCCACUAGGACUGAGGGGCCACGCCGGGCCCCAGGGGGGACCGGGCCAAAGGGGCGCCGAGGGCUCCCCAGGACCGCACGGGCCUGACGGAGACAGAGGCAUGACAGGCGUUCCUGGUUUCCUUGGUAAUGGCGGCAUUCCGGGUCUAACUGGAGAGCCGGGCGAGCAUGGCAGGACAGGGCAGGAUGGCUGCAAGGGGAAGACGGGUAGAGCAGGGCUCCAUGGGGGUCCUGGCCUUCAUGGCAACCCUGGAGUUCCGGGAUUCCCAGGGUUUAAAGGAGCCAAAGGAGAGCCGCUGUUUGAAUCAGACACACCCGGAGAUCCUGGAAGCCCUGGAUUACCUGGAACAAAUGGCGAACCAGGACGCAUUGGGCCUAAAGGCCUGACUGGACGCCCUGGGCCGUUUGGGCCUCAGGGCCGAGAUGGAAUCCCGGGCCCUAGAGGGCUGGCGGGUGAUCCUGGAAGAUCACUGGCAGGAGAUGAUGGAGAUUUUGGGGACCCGGGCCCAGAGGGGCCGCCCGGACCAGAAGACUUCGAAAGAUUCCCCCCUGAAUACCUCCCUCCCAAAGGCUACAAGGGUGACCCAGGUCCUGGAGGUCUGUGUGGACCUAAAGGUGUCAGUGGUGAUGUUGUGGGAAGCCAUGAGGAGAUUAAAGGAGAGAAAGGAAUCCCUGGUUUGCCUGGACCACGGGGCGUUCCUGGAUUCCCCGGAAGAGAUGGGUUAACAGGAGUUCAGGGUAUUAGUGGAGAAAUGGGACUUCCAGGCCUCAUCGGAAGAAUUGGACCAAAGGGUUAUGAAGGGGACUCUGGAGAUCCUGGGCCCCAAGUCUACUACGAUGGAACUACAUCGAGAGGUGCCAAAGGGGACAUGGGGUUUCCUGGUUCACCUGGCAUCCUAGGAGACACUGGGGACAUGGGCAUGCACGGCCCCCCCGGCCCGCCGGGAAUAACAACAGAUAGGGAGCCUGGACCACCAGGCCCUUUUGGCCCGAAGGGGUCUAAGGGAGAGCCAGGGGGUGUUUACAAAGAUAAUGUCCAAGGACCUAAGGGAUAUAAGGGACCCCCUGGAGCAAAAGGUGUCACAGGCCUCCCCGGUCCACCAGGGUGUGGAGAUUACUACUGUGAACCGGGUUACCCAGGAGACCCUGGUGCCCCCGGAGACAUGGGAAGAGGCGGAGGCCCCGGGGACCAAGGCCUGAAAGGCUGUGAUGGAGUGUGUAGCUGUACUGGUGGGUACGGAGGCAUCGGGCCCCCUGGUCCAGCUGGAUCCCCAGGUUAUAAUGGCCUUCCUGGAACUCCGGGCCAGAAAGGAGAUCCAGGGUUUAGAGGAGGGCCAGGGUCAACAGGCCCACAGGGCUUUAUAGGAACUCUAGGACAGAAAGGACGGAAAGGUCAGAAGGGUGACUCCAACAGGUUUCCAGGAGCCAAGGGUGAGCGUGGUGUUCUUGGGCAGGAGGGCCUGGCCGGGAGGCAGGGGCGUCUAGGAGAGGACGGGGAAACUGGCCACGUGGGAGACCCUGGAGCACCGGGAGACCGAUUCCCAGGAUCAAUGGGCCCGAAAGGGUUCCCAGGUUAUCAAGGAACCAAAGGGGCCCCGGGGCCCGCAGGCUCUCAAGGGUCAGGAUUCCCAGGUCGUCGUGGUCCCAACGGCCGCCAGGGGGAUCAAGGUGGUCCCGGCUCAGAGGGCAUUCCAGGACGACCUGGACCUCCAGGUGACGUGAAAGCCUGCUGUCUUGACAAAAUCAAUGCGGGUCCGCCCGGUCCCAAGGGGAGGCGUGGUAUGCCAGGGUACCCUGGUGCAGACGGAAGGGAUGGCUUAGCAGGCACUCGUGGCCACCAGGGGCCUAAAGGUGUGAGAGGAGAUGACGGGGGAUUCGGACACAGCGGACCACAAGGGCCCAGAGGUCCGGACGGAGACCAGGGGUACCCUGGUCCUAGGGGAGGCACUCUGGACGGGCCCCCUGGCCCUUCUGGGUACUCCGGAGCUCCAGGGAGGAAAGGGGACCGUGGGGACUUCCGCACCUCAAGGCCUGGUCCGCCCGGACGCCCCGGCCACCCAGGCAACCCGGGCAGAAAGGGCCCUCUGGGAGAAACAGGGGCCCCUGGGUUACAAGGUGUCCGUGGUCAACUAGGCCCGUUUGGUGCAAAGGGGAUGUCAGGGGCCGCUGGCGACCUCGGAGACACGGGUCCCCCGGGGGCCUCAUGCACUCCGUGUGAACCUUCCGUACCUGGACCUCCAGGCAACCCAGGCCCGAUAGGAAGGCCGGGAUUUCCUGGCCGAAAGGGUUUGAAAGGAGUUGUGGGUCCAACGGGUUAUGGCCUGAAGGGUAGAAAAGGUGUGACCGGCGCUCAUGGAUUUCCGGGCCCAGUCGGCGAUAAAGGCGGUUUCGGACCCUCGAAGGAUGGGUACAAUGGCCAGCCUGGACUGAAAGGGGAGAGGGGUCAUCUUGGCAGGGAUGGGGUAGUAGGUUUCCCCGGUGGAACUGGACCUCCAGGUCCUAACGGAAAACAGGGGGAAAGAGGAUUUAACGGACGCCAAGGGUUGACAGGAGACAACGGACCAUCUGGCGUUAAAGGUCUCCCCGGUCCCCGCGGUGCCCCUGGACCCCCUGUGGAGAUCACAUUGAAGGGACAACCAGGGUCACCAGGAAAGAGCGGAUCACCAGGGAACCCUGGACUGCAAGGAUUGGCCGGCGUCAGAGGACAGCCAGGGGCCUCGGGGGCUGACGGCUGGUCUGGGGCCGGGGGGCAGAAGGGCCUGACUGGGCCUCCAGGCAGAGCAGGACACAGAGGGCCUCCAGGGCUGCCUGGAAUCAAAGGCUUCCCUGGACAGCGAGGGCAGACGGGUCAGGUUGGACCACCGGGCGACCCAGGGGUCGAUGGCCCUCCAGGCCUGCUGGGCCUUCGGGGGCACACAGGGCCCAAGGGUGACAUGGGAGAGUCGUACAGAGAGCCAGGCCCACCGGGCCCUAAAGGGCCCCCGGGGGAGGACGGACCAGGAAUCACCUGUAGGCUUGGAGAGCCAGGAGAGCCAGGACCCCAGGGGUACGAAGGACUCCCAGGGGCCCGAGGGACCCCUGGGGAUCCGGGGAGGGACGGGGAACAAGGUUUCCGAGGGCUGCAAGGCCUACAGGGUCUCCCGGGGUUUCCUGGUUUUCCAGGGGUUGAUGGAGUCCAGGGGCCCGGCGGACCCGCAGGCCGGCCUGGCCCUUCAGGAGGGCCAGGAUUACCAGGGCGGGAUGGACUCGAUGGACUGAGGGGCCCAAAUGGGGCGAAGGGAGCGACAGGCGACGAUGUACCUGGACCUCCGGGUCCAAAUGGUUUCCCAGGGGUCAAAGGUCAGAUGGGACGCCCAGGAUUCCCAGGGUCAAGCCAUCCUGGACACAAGGGGCUUAAUGGCCCACCUGGAUACCACGGACCCCCUGGCCCCCCCGGGGAGGCCGGGCCCCCCAGAACCUCAGGCCGGGAGUGCUGCGACCUGGAAAAGGAUUAUCGGGGAGAACCGGGGCCGGACGGGCGUCCAGGAGCAGUGGGGUCCCCAGGUGCUCCUGGAGAUCAAGGGUACCCAGGAACCACCAUCGCCUCUAGGGGGGACCAAGGGCGAUCUGGCCUCCAGGGACGAGACGGCCCUAAGGGGGCCAAAGGCUUCCUAGGACCUCCCGGUCGAUCGUCCCCGGGCUUAAGAGGACCUAAAGGUGCUAUGGGUCCUGCUGGGACCAGAGGUCCUGCUGGAUCCUGGGGUCCCCGUGGUUUUCCUGGGCCCACGGGUCGGCAUGGAGACAAAGGCUACAGAGGAGAUGAGGGAGCCAAAGGGCCGCCUGGGGAUGUCAUAGCGAGGUGUCCCCGGGGCCCCUCCGGACCGACUGGUAAACCUGGCCCGGAUGGCUUCACAGGAGACAGGGGACCUCCGGGGCGCCCAGGGGCUAAAGGUGCAAAGGGUAGCGUUGGAUACCGAGGCCCCCAAGGGACAGAUGGUCGUCCUGGUAACGAUGGUCCCGUCGGUGACCCAGGAGACACUGGGCCACGGGGGUUCGUUGGAAAUCAAGGCCCAACAGGGCCAGCCGGUGAACCAGGAGUCACCAGCUUCCAGAGUGCGGCCUCCUCUGGCUUCCUGCUGGUCAUCCACAGCCAGUCUGAGGUGGUGCCGCAGUGCCCACAGGGAAACCAACAGCUCUGGGUGGGCUACAGCCUGGUGUUCCUGGAGGGACAGGAGAAAGCCAACACGCAGGACCUAGGCCAGGCCGGCUCCUGCCUGCCCGUCUUCUCCACCAUGCCCUUCUCCUACUGCAACAGCGGCGCGUGCCGCUACUCCGGCCGCAACGACAAGUCCUACUGGCUCUCCACCACCGCCCACAUCCCCAUGAUGCCCUUCUCAGGCCCCGAGAUCGGCUCACACGUCAGCCGCUGCGUGGUGUGCGAGGCCUGGGCCCCCACCGCCGCCUUCCACAGCCAGGAGCCCACGGCGCCCGCCUGUCCGCCUGGCUGGAGGAGCCUCUGGACGGGCUACUCCUUCCUCCUGCACACGGGGGCCGUUAACGACGGCGGGGGCCAGUCCCUGACGUCGUCGGGCAGCUGCCUGAAGGACUUCCGGGCACACCCCUUCGUGGAGUGCCAGGGCGCCAGGGGGACCUGCUUCUACUUUGCCAACCGCCUCAGCUUCUGGCUGACCACGGUGGGCCCCACCGAGCAGUUCCUCAGCCCGCAGAUCGGCACCAUCAAGACCCCCGACCGCCAGCGGCAGAACACCAGCCGCUGCCACGUCUGCAGCCGAGACAGAUGAGGGUCUCCGGGCCGCGGGCCGUUUGCAGGCUCGUUUCGUUGCUAUAGGGAUGUUUCGUUGCUAUAGGGAGGUUUCGUUGUUAUAGGGAUGUUUCGUGGCGAGAGCCUCCGUGGCGAGAGCCUCCGUGGCGAGAGCCACCGUUUUUUCUGUGUUUUAAAUCUUAGGCCUACUUACUUUUUUUAGGGAUUUUUCAUUCCAAUGAUGUCAUUUUUGUCUGUAACGAAUAUUAUAACGAAUUUUGUAUUCAUUCAAAUUAUAUAUUUUUAAGAAACUCCUGCCUCCAUUGAGUCAGGAAAGAAGAAUGACUUGAACUUGAAAGCACUCUUCCUUUCUCAAACUUUGCUAUUGCUUUGCUGUUCUAUAACUAGUACAGCUGCUGCACUGCUGUACCGCGACUCCUCCGGGCCAACUAUUGAUGAUUUGAAUGCUCAGAGUCAUUCCGAGUGCAUCACAGCUUGAAGUAGGGAAUAAGCAGCCUCUUUUUACUUUGAAUCCUUUUCCCUGCUCAGGGGCGAAUAAUUGCACUGACUUCAAUUCAGCAGCCCACGAGGGAUCUCAAGUUCAUAUGUAUUUAUUUCUCUCAACAGAACCCAAGUGACAAUCAGAAUACAGUACUUUUUUCCUCAAA